GGGAAAGGAGGGAGUUGGGUCCCCCAGCCGUGGGUGAUCUUUGAAGGAUACGGACAGAGCAUGAAGUCUGCCGCUUUUGUGACAGGUUGGUGACCUCUCUGCCCUCCUCAGAUGGGGGAAAUUUGCUUUCUAUCUCACAUUCACACCAUUUUUAUUGCAUCUGUCCUUUGUUCUGCACUUCCAGCCUGUCUCCAGAUCCUUCUUGUGAGAUCAACCCACCCAGGUAAAGUUGACUUCCAUUCUUGUUUGUUGUUAUUGUUGUUUAGUCGUUUGGUUGUGUCCGACUCUUUGUGACCCCCUGGACCAGAGCACGCCAGGCACUUCUGUCUUCCACUGCCUCCCGCAGUUUGGUCAAACUCAUGCUGGUAGCUUCGAGAACACUAUCCAGCCAUCUCGUCCUCUGUCGUCCCCUUCUCCUUGGGCCCUCCAUCUUUCCCAACAUCAGGGUCUUUUCCAGGGAGUCUUCUUCUCUUCUCAUGAGGUGGCCAAAGUAUUGGAGUCUCAGCUUCAGGAUCUGUCCUUCCAGUGAGCACUCAGGGCUGAUUUCCUUAAGAACGGAGAGGUUUGAUCUUCAUGCAGUCCAUGGGACUCUCAAGAGUCUCCUCCAGCACCAUAAUUCAAAAGCAUCAAUUUUUUGGCGAUCAGCCUUCUUUAUGGUCCAGCUCUCACUUCCAUACAUCACUACUGGGAAAACCAGAGCUUUAACUAUACGGACCUUUGUUGGCAAGGUGAUGUCUCUGCUUUUUAAGAUGUUGUCUAGGUUUGUCGUUGCUUUUCUCCCAAGAAGCAGGCAUCUUUUAAUUUCAUGGCUACUGUCACCAUCUGCAGUGAUCAUGGAGCCCAAGAAAGUAAAAUCUCUCACUGCCUCCAUUUCUUCCCCUUCUAUUUGCCAGGAGGUGAUGGGACCAGUGGCCAUGAUCUUGGGUUUUUUUAUGUUGAGCUUCAGACCAUAUUUUGCGCUCUCCUCUUUCACCCUCAUUAAAAAGUUUUUUAAUUCCUCCUCACUUUCUGCCAUCAAGGUUGUGUCAUCUGCAUAUCUGAGGUUGUUGAUAUUUCUUCUGGCAAUCUUAAUUCUGGCUAGGGAUUCAUCCACCCCAGCCUUUCGCAUGAUGAAUUCUGCAUAUAAGUUAAAUAAGCAGGGAGACAAUAUACAGCCUUGCCGUACUCCUUUCCCAAUUUUGAACCAGUCAGGUGUUCCAUAUCCAGUUCUAACUGUAGCUUCUUGUCCCACAUAGAGAUUUCUCAGGAAACAGAUGAGGAGAUCAGGCACUCCCAUUUCUUUAAGAACUUGCCACAGUUCCAAGGGAUGUAAGGGUGUUACGUACUUUUUUAUUUAAAAAAUGUCACACACACCCCUUGUUACAAAAUUAAAUAAUUAGACUUACAUGGCUGACAAAGAAUGGGUCACUAGGAGGGGUAAAAUACUAAACACAUUAUUUUUCAGUACACAAUAAUCUGGUGGUUACAGUAAACUAGUAUAAUGAAUUCUUCAGCAAAUCAACUUGAGUAGGAGGAGCGAGCUAAUGAGUUGUGCUUGCUUAUCUGCACCAUACUGCAAUAUAUGUUGUAUUUCUCAUCCAUGUGUUGUCUCAUAUGUAUACUUAAUAAAAUCACACCAUGAAGUGUAAAAAUUAUACCGUUUGUUUCCCUCCUUUUCCGUUUUUGUGACAGCUUCUCCAUUACAGCUGUUUGUCUGACUGUGUUACACCGGUGAUCAAUAUUCAUUAAUUGCAAGUUUCUCCAGGUUCUGGCUAUUACCAUUCUAGCUGCCGUUAAUAAAUGUGUUAUCAAUUCCUUCUUCAUUGGUCCAUAUCUGAAGUAUAUAAAUUAAGUGGUCGCUGGGGUUGUCUGAGAGAUCUCUUUAAAAACUUCUUUCCAAAGUAGUUCUAUUUGUGGACAGUCCUACCACACAUGUUGGUAUGGGCGUAUAAUUUGCACCCUCUGCAACAUAACGGAGGGCUAUUGGGUUUUAAGGGAGGCACCUCAGUGUUAAAUACCAUCCAUGCACAAUUUUGAGAGAACUUCCUCAAGUCGCAGAUUCAGGGCCGCAUUUAGGUUUGAUGUGGCCCUCAGCUACUGAAGGUAAUGGGGCCCUUUAUAUGUCCAGCUGUCCUUUGCCAACAACAAGUUGUUUUUGUUGAAUAUAUGCUAUAUGAUAAUUUAUGGACCUCAUAGGUAUCUAAUGUCUUUUACACAUAACAAAUAGGAGCCUACGCAACACAAAACACUGUUGCUGUAUGUAGGUUUUAUUUUGUUUUUUGUUUUUUAUUUUGGAGAUGUACAUCCUCUAUUUUCCACCCACAUUCUGAUUCAAUGUCUUUUUUUGUUUGAUUAUCCAUAUUUUUUAUCAGCAUCUUGGUUUCCCCUUUCUUUAAUUUAAAGGUCUUUAAGCAGAGGCUUGACAACCAUAUGUCAGGAGUGCUCUGAUGGUGUUUCCUGCUUGGCAGGGGGUUGGACUCGAUGGCCCUUGUGGUCUCUUCCAACUCUAUGAUUCUAUGAUUCUAUGAUUCAAUUUUCCAGAUCUAUUUGUCUCUUUUGUCACACCUGGUAUGCUCACUCUUGGUUGCUCUAAGGUUAAUACAAUGUCAUCCGUGAACACUUUUAUUUUGUAAUUUUGCUGGCCCACUGUUAUUCCAUGAAUUUUAUUAUUCAUCCUUAUAUUUCUUCUCCCUUUCUAUGUUCCUUUCUAUUUUCCACGGUUUACCUUUUCCCUUUUGGCCACCAGAUGGCGCCAGAGACACUCCUGUACUUGACUGCUACUUAUGUCUCACAUCCCACAAGUAAUACAUGUUGUUGUUGUUGUUGUUGAGUCGUUUAGUCGUGUCCGACUCUUCGUGACCCCCUGGACCAGAGCACGCCAGGCACUCCUGUCUUCCACUGCCUCCCGCAGUUUGGUCAAACUCAUGCUGGUAGCUUUGAGAACACUGUCCCACCAUCUCGUCCUCCGUCGUCCCCUUCUCCUUGUGCCCUCCAUCUUUCCCAACAUCAGGGUCUUUUCCAGGGAGUUUUCUCUUCUCAUGAGGUGGCCAAAGUACUGGAGCCUCAGCUUCACGAUCUGUCCUUCCAGUCAGCACUCAGGGCUGAUUUCCUUCAGAAUGGAGAGGUUUGAUCUUCUUGCAGUCCAUGGGACUCUCCAGAGUCUCCUCCAACACCAGAAUUCAAAAGCAUCCAUUCUUCAGCAAUCAGCCUUCUCUAUAGUCCAGCUCUCACUUCCAUACAUCACUACUGGGAAAACCAGAGCUUUUACUAUAUGGACCUUUGUUGGCAAGGUGAUGUCUCUGCUUUUUAAAAGUAGAGACAAGUAAUACAUAGGAAGCGCUUUUCAUAGUGUGUGCCUUCAGUUUCCUUCUCAGAGUGUCUUCGUCCUCUGGAUUUCAUGCGUUUGUUUCCUGACUGGCUGGCUUUCCUCUCCUUCUCCAGAGAUUCCACCUGCAGCAAUUCUUUCCUUGGAUCCCCAGCACCACGUCUACAUCAGAGAUGAAAAGGUGAUUCUCACUUGUUUGGCUCCUGAUGGUUUGGAGGUGGCAGGAUAUACGUUCUUCAAAGAACAGCAAGAUCAGACCUUCAAGGAGUUGCCCAAUAGUGGAAUGGGGCCUUAUGAGAUGUUCCGUGUCAAUGAAGAUACUGUUGGGAAUUACAGCUGUGUGUACUGGAUCAUGCCCUCAAGUGAGGAAAUCUUUUCCUCACAGAGCAACCUUGUCUUUGUAGCCAUGGCAGGUGAGCAGCCUUGCAUUUUACUGUUUGACAUUGUCUUGUUGAUUCGUAACACAAGAGGGAGAGGAGCGCUGUGUUCCGAAAGGAUUUCAGACUGCCUUGAAGGUAAUAAGGUACAGUGGGACCUUGGUUCUUGAACUUAAUCCAUUCCGGAAGUCCAUUCGACUACCGAAACCAUUCGAAAACCAAGGCACAGCUUCCGAUUGGCUGCGGGAGCUUCCUGCACUCAAUCUGAAUCCACGUCGGACGUCCGGCUUCCGAAAAACGUUCAAAAACUGGAACACUUACUUCCGGGUUUGCGGCGUUCAGGAGCCGAUUUGUUUGUCGACUAAGCCAUUCGAGAACCAUGGUACCACUGUAUGGUGGUACCUCGGGUUACAGACACUUCAGGUUACAAACUCCACUAACCCAGAAAUAGUACCUCGGGUUAAGAACUUUGCUUCAUGAUGAGAACAGAACAGAAAUUGCGCAGUGGCAGCGGGAGGCCCCAUUAGCUAAAGUGGUGCUUCAGGUUAAGAACAGCUUCAGGUUAAGAACGGACCUCCAGAACAAAUUAAGUUCUUAACCAGAGGUAAAGGUAAAGGGACCCCUGACCAUUAGGUCCAGUCAUGACCGACUCUGGGGUUGCGGCGCUCAUCUCGCUUUACUGGCCGAAGGAACCGGCGUCCAGCUUCCAGGUCAUGUGGCCAGCAUGACUAAGCCGCUUCUGGCGAACCAGAGCAGUGCACAGAAACGCCGUUUACCUUCCCGCUGGAGCGGUACCUAUUUAUCAACUUGCACUUUGACGUGCUUUCGAACUGCUAGGUUGGCAGGAGCAGGGACCGAGCAACGGGAGCUCACCCCGUCGCAGGGAUUCGAACCGCCGAUCUUCUGGUUGGAAAGUCCUAGGCUCUGUGGUUUAACCCACAGCGCCACCCGCGUCCCUAACCCAAGGUACCGCUGUACUAGUAAUGAAAGGAGCAGCAUUCACAUCCCCUCCAACAUUUCCCUGAUGAAAAUAGGGACAUCCUAAGGAAAGGUGGGACAUUCCAGGAUCAAAUCAGAAUCUGAGACGGCUUCUGUAAAUCCAGAGACUGUCCCUGGAAAAUUGGGAUACUUGGAAGGACUCCUUUCAUUUACUGAAUCCAACUUCCUUCAGAGUAAACAUACUGUGGGUGCUAGCAUGCGGGAAUGUUUAUUGUUGAGUUAUUAAAUGCCAUGUGAAUCUGUCUACUAGGUAAUGUCAUUUCCUACUGAUGGCGUAUAUAUUGCAAAGGAGCAACGCCUUAGGUGAGAUUAGAUUAUAUCCAACGCUAGUCCUACUCAGGGUAGAUGCAUUGAAGGUAAUGGGGCAUGGCUAACUUAAGGCCAUUAAUUUCAAUGGGUCUCCUCUGAGUAGGACUUAUCUGGUUGCAAUACAUCAUCAGGUCUGAAUGUUUUUUCCGGGGGGGGGGGUUGAAAUUUGUGGGGAAAUUGUUCUCUGCUGAACGCCAGAUUCGUAACACAAUCUUCUGUGGGUGUCAUAGUUGGCCACAGAGCUGAAUGAAUGAAUCUUUAUUUGCGUCAGCCAUCGGCCAUAGCAAUAAAACAACAAUAUAAUAUACAAAGAAUAGAAAUAAAAAGUCAAUUAUAUAAAAUACAUUUUAGGGUUUUGAAUCAAUAGUCAAAUAGUGGAUCUUAUUCUGAUUGCCCCAGCUAAAAACCUUGCAACCUUUGCUGUCACCUGCUCAUCUUGAUCUGCCAAGAGAAAGGGUACCAUGGCAGUGGUUGGAUGACCCAGAAUGGACAAUAAAAGAGAGGUGAUAAUCUCAUUCCUCAAGUCUUUAUAAAGAGUGAAAGCAUGCGCCACCGAUUCAGGACUACCAUCUCCACAGGGACAUAAGCGUUUUUCAUGUGGAAUCUGUUGGAAUCGUCCCUCAAGUACAGCCGAGGGCAAUACAUGCAAUCUCGCGAGAUUAAAAGUGCGUCUAUAUUUUAGAAUUGCUAGGUUAUGCAGAUAGGGUGCCAGAGAGUCGAAAUGGGAAGGUGAAAAGUAGUCAUACCAUCAGCAAAAGUUUCUUAUUGUGGCCAAGUUGUUCUGACGCUCAGUCUCAUUUAAGGUAAAGGUAAAGGGACCCCUGACCAUUAGGUCCAGUCGUGGCCGACUCUGGGGUUGCGGUGCUCAUCUCGCUUUAGUGGCCAAGGGAGCCAGCGUACAGCUUCCGGGUCAUGUGGCCAGCAGGACUAAGCCGCUUCUGGCGAACCAGAGCAGCGCACAGAAACGCCGUUUACCUUCCCGCCGGAGCGGUACCUAUUUAUCUACUUGCACUUCAUGCUUUCGAACUGCUAGGUUGGCAGGAGCAGGGACCGAGCAACGGGAGCUCACCCCAUUACGGGGAUUCGAACCGCCAACCUUCUGAUCGGCAAGUCCGAGGCUCUGUGGUUUAUCCCACAGCACCACCCACGUCCCGUGUCAGUCUCAUUCAGGCGCUGACAAAUUAGACCGCUUUCUUUACUGUAACCCAAAGUGAGUAGCUGUUGUUGUGGUGAUAAACCACAAGAGUGAAGUUUUUGGUAGACAAUUUUAAUCCAGGCGCUCUUGUGACCAUCUUGCAGCCACAGAGCUGGCAAUCGACGAAGCAGAAUGCCAGCGUCAGAGCCCUGACUUUUCAUAGAGCUGUCCAGCCAAAAUACAUGCCUUCGCUCUAAAAGCCAAGUGGACCACAGUCUCUUAACCAUUGAGCCAAGUCAUUGUCCUCAGCUGAUUGCUUCUCCUUUGUGGAUCACUCCAGAUCACCCUCCCUCUCCGACGCUGAUAGUGGAUCCUCCACCUGGAGCGGUGAAUGAAGGAGACUCGCUAAACAUCACUUGCCUGGCCAGCGAGGGAGAGACUGAGAAAAGAUUCGCUUUCUACAGGGAUGGACUUGCGAUAACCUUCAGCGACGAAGGAUCUGUGUGGAGCUUCAGAGAACCUGGAACUAACUUCUCAAAUGCCUCUGUUAGCAUCUUGAAAGCCAAGCUCAACCAUAGUGGAGAAUUUGCUUGCAGCUAUGAGGAAGAGGUUGGUGGCCGGUGGGUGACCUCUUCCUGGAGCCAGACGGUGAAAAUCAUGGUGAAAGUCCCAGGUGAGUCAUUUGGGGAAAGUUAGAGCUCAAUUUAGCAGAAGGAUAUUCCAUUUUUCUGUGUUGAUUGAAGUAUUAAGGGGCGCCACUGGAUGGGCCAGAAAAGGGGGGAGAUUGAGCAAAAUGUCUGUCAUUCCCUGUAACCUGUAAAUGUCAUCUAUUUUAUUUCCUAUGCCUUUUGUUGUUGUUUAGUCGUUUAGCCGUGUCCGACUCUUCGUGACCCCAUGGACCAGAGCACGCCAGGCACUCCUGUCUUCCACUGCCUCCCGCAGUUUGGUCAAACUCAUGCUGGUAGCUUCGAGAACACUGUCCCACCAUCUCGUCCUCUGUCGUCCCCUUCUCCUUGUGCCCUCCAUCUUUCCCAACAUCAGGGUCUUUUCCAGGGAGUCUUCUCUUCUCAUGAGGCGGCCAAAGUCUUGGAGCCUCAGCUUCAGGAUCUGUCCUUCCAGUGAGCACUCAGGGCUGAUUUCCUUCAGAAUGGAGAGGUUUGUUCUUCUUGCAGUCCACGGGACUCUCAAGAGUCUCCUCCAGCACCAGAAUUCAAAAGCAUCCAUUCUUCAGAGAUCAGCCUUCUUUAUGGUCCAGCUCUCACUUCCAUACAUCACCUCAGCCUUAUUGUUGAGUAAGAGUGAGCAGUUUAUAUUUGAAAGGAUUGAAAGGAGAGAGAGAGAGAGGUAGAGAGAGAGGUGUUAUUUGCAGGGCUCAAACCAUUUUCCCUCUUCAACUUGUCUAGAAAAGUCUGGCACUAGUUACUUGUCCUGAAAGUUACUUUUCAGAACUUGAAUAUUUAUUUUGCAUGACAUUUGCUGCCUGUCUCGCAUCCAAGGACAAGGAAGCCUUAUUAAAAACGCAAUAACCUAACCAUUUUUCCUUUCUUUUCUCAGAUCCUUCACCAUCAACAGGUCCAUCGCUGGCAUUUGCAUAUCUGGCAGUCCCGUUUGUGACUCUGAUGAUUCUCCUCAUUCUCUACUUUGGACAGAAAAAGACUGGUAGUUAUGUGAUGGGUUUUGAGGAUACUGUGAUGCUUAUGUGAAUAAUAUUGUGUGUACCUUUUCCGCCUUUGUCUCUCUUUCUCUCCUUUUUGGAAGCAGUGAAAUGCCAGCAGGAUUCUGAGCCAGAAGAACAGCAGGAGGAGGAGGAGGAGGAACUGGGUGAUCUUGAAACAGGGGAGCCCCAAACAGCAGUUUUGCAGGAACACGACCAAGUAAGCACAGAGAUUCAUGUGUAAUAUUAGUUACAUCCAUGAAAAACUGCCUAACUACCUUUAUGGAAUGUGGUGCUACUGCAAGAUGCAAUGAUAGCCUACAAAUGACCAAGCUCGUGGACAGAGAUCUCUAUUGUGUACUGCCUUUAGAUAUCUUCCAAAAUUCAGAUAGUUGUUUAUUUCCUUGACAUCUGCUGGGAGGGAGUUCCACAGGGCGGGCACCACCACAGAGAAGGCCCUCUACCUGGUUCCCUGUAACUUUGCUUCUUGCAGGGAGGGAACCGCCAGAAGGCCCUCGGAGCGGGACCUCAGUGUCCGGACUGAACGAUGGGAGUGGAGACGCUCCUUCAGGCCUACUGGGCCUUUGAGGCCAUUUAGGGAUUUCAAGGUCAGCACCAACACUUUCAAUUGUGCUCGGAAACAUACUGGGAGCCAAUGAUCAAGCGCUAGGAAGUGGGAGAAAAGCUUCCUUCUCUGAGCUCCGGCUAUGUAGGGUUGUAGGCCAACAGUAGGACAUAUGCUCUGCAUGUAGAAGGUCUGAGGAUCAAUCCCACUGGCCUCUUCAGGUAAGGCUGUGAAGGACUUAGAAAGCUGCUGCCAACCAGUGUCCACAAUACCAGAUAAGAUACCCAGGGAAGUUAUUUGCCAGGCCCCUCCUGCUUUCAGUGCUGACCAAUGACACCCUCACAUUCCUUCUGUUCCCACAGGGCUCAACCAUCACCUACGCCACCAUCAAAUUCUGCUCUGCUAAGUCUUGCUUAGGAAAUGGGCUCCGACUGGUGGAAGAGGAGAAGGUGAUGUACAGCGAGGUUCUAUUUCCACCUACUAACAGAGGAAGAAAGUGAAGAGAUUGUGGAAAGGAAAGAGAUUAUGGAGUUUUGAGUGGCUGCCAAAGGAUUCUACAUCGCCUGCCAGUUGGUUUAUUGCUCUCAGCCAGGGCAUGGCUGAAGGCACAGGAGGUGCCCAUCUUGCGGAAGCUAAGCAGGUCCGGGUCUGGUCAGUGUCUGGGUGGGUGACUAGCUGGGAACCACAGAUGUGCUGCUGUGAUGGUGUCCAGUGAUGGAAGAAAGGAUGGGAUGUAAAUUUAAGAAAAGAAAACAAACAAAUACGUGUUGGUUGAGGUCCUCUGCACGUCCCACAGAAAUCAACGCAGCUUCUAUUCAAUAAAGACAAUUUGAUUCUUACAAGUUGAAUUCUGAUGUGAUUAAAGAUUUACAGUGUCAUUUACAAACAUGGUUGGGAAAGAGAAGAGGGCAGAAACAUCUCAAAAUGACAACUAAUCCAGAAUGCAGCUGCCAGACUGGUGAUUGGGAGUGGCCAACGGGACCAUAUAACACGAGUCCUGCAUUGGCUCCCAGUACGUUUCUGGGCAGAAUUCAAAGUGUUGGUGCUGACCUUGAAAGCCCUAAACAGCCUCAAAGGCCCAGUAUACCUGAUGGAGCGUCUCCACCCCCAUCGUCCAGCCCGGACACUGAGGUCCAGUGCCGAGGGCCUUCUGGCAGUUCCCUCCCUGCGAGAAGCCAAGUUACAGGGAACCAGGCAGAGGGCCUUCUCGGUAGUGGCACCUACCCUAUGGAACGUCCUCUUUUCAGAUGUUGAGAAAAUAAAGAACUAUAUUACUCUUAGAAGACAUCUGAAGGCAGCCCUGUUCAGGGAGGUUUUUAAUGUUUGAUGUUUCAUUAUGCUUUUAUAGUUGUUGGAAGCCGCCCAGAGUGGCUGGGGCAAGCCAGUCAGAUGGGCGGGGUACAAAUAAUAAAAUUAUUAUUAUUAUUGUGCUUCCUGCAUAGUAAUAUGGUUCUCAUGAAUAUUUAUUUUUUAAUUUAAUUUAAUUUGUAUGCUACCCCUCAACCGAAGUUCUCAGCAUGGUUCACAGAAUAAAACCGCAAAGGUCAAAAUAAGAACAAGAACAAAGCAAAACAAUAACCCCCCCUCCCAAAAACACAUUUAAAUAAUUGCCUGGCACCUAAAAAUGUAUAAUGAAGGCGCCAGAAGGAGCCUCCGUGGGGAGAACAUCUCACAAACAGGGAGCCACUGCAGAAAAUGUUGCAGAGAUAAAAUUUUGUGCUGUUUGAAGCAAGUGGUAGCUUAAGAACUGACUCCUUUGGAAAUGAAACUUUGUCCAGACCCAUGAAAAUAUUGCUUAAACUUUUACUGGCAGAACUUUAUUCAAAACAAUUAAAACACCCAUACAAUAUCUUGUGUUGACCAGCACAGGCUCAGUAUCUUACAAAAUAAGAAAUAGUCCAAAUAGACCUAUAAACAGAGCACUCUCUCUCUCUCUCUCUCUCUCUCUCUCUCUCUCUCUCUCUCUCUCUCUCCCACCUUCUUUCCAACUCUUGCCAAGCCAUUAUCGCAUGCUUUGUCCUCUGUUGCGUUCAGAGAAUGACUCCAUUUGCAUCUUCACUCUAUUGGGUUUGGAAGGCAAAGACUCAAAGGCAGCUCUGUUCAAAACGGCAGAUUUGCAACUCAAUACCUUCAUCACAUGAUCAAAGGUUCACUCUCAGUACAGAGUAGAGAAACAAACAGCAGGUCAUCAUUAGCUAAUUGCAGCUCAGAAAACUAAUUACAGCUUUAGAAAACAGCAUUGGGGAAAACUUCAGUAUUACCAAUAUACAUUUAGCCAUGUUCCAUUUUAAACCUUCUUUAAUACGUGUACAUUUUUCAUUGCUGUGUGAAUCAAACCAUUACGCCUAACAGAAAAGGCCCGUUCUCGUGUUGACACCCUCCAGACCUCUUGUGGAGAAGGCACACAAAGAAGGGCCUCGGGUGAUGAUCACAGGGUCUGGAUCCCUUCAUGUAGGGAGAGGCGGUCGUUGAGGAUCUUAUUCCUGCUUCCUGGUGCUGGAGUUCCCAUUCUGCUGAUCCUGGUCUCUUCUUUCCCCAAAAGGAAUGCCUGGUUGGCCACUGUCAGAAGAAGAUGCUGGACUAGAAGCCACUUUGGCCAGAUUACCAGGACUCUUCUAACAUUUUGUUAUUGUUGUUUAGUCAUUUAGUCGUGUCCAACUCUUCGUGACCCCCAUGGAGCAGAGCACGCCAGACACUCCUGUCUUCCACUGCCUCCCGCAGUUUGGUCAAACUCAUGCUGGUAGCUUCGAGAACACGGUCCAACCAUCUCGUCCUCUGUCGUCCCCUUCUCCUUGUGCCCUCCAUCUUUCCCAACAUCAGGGUCUUUUCCAGGGAGUCUUCUCUUCUCAUGAGGCGGCCAAAGUCUUGGAGUCUCAGCUUCAGGAUCUGUCCUUCCAGCGAGCACUCAGGGCUGAUUUCCUUCAGAAUGGAGAGGUUUGAUCUUCUUCUUGAGGCCCCUUUUUGAGUCGACCACCUGUGAUUGCUGCGUCCUUCCGCUUUCUCAUUUCUAGCCUCGUUCUACCGCCUUCUCAAGCGUUUUGGUUACAAAGGAGGCUGAGCAUAGGCGGUGCAAGGAGAGAUGUGGUCAGCUGGUUGGAACAUCGGUUGUUCCACCCAGCAGCUUUUGGUGUCCUCAAGGCCUAUUAGCUGAGCUGUGUGCUGCACUGGGGGCCCAGGUACAAUGCUUUGUGGUGGCUGGGAGGAAAGGAGGCGAUGACUGUUCAGUUCCUGCUCUUGUCUUUGCGUCUGACAGUCUGGUUGAGUCAGGGAGAGACAGCCCAACCUCUCUUUGAAAGCAGAGAGACAGUGGUGAAGCAGAGGACCCCGCCAUUGGCCUUCGAGGGACGCCGGCUGAGCAUGAAAUUUGCUGCUUUGAUAACAGGUUUGGGGCCUCUCUCUUGUUAUAGACAAAAUAGGGGGGUUGGCUUUUGCUGCCCUACUUGCCAAGGUCGCCUAAGCCCAUGAUUGGUCAUAGAUGAAUGGAUGGAGGCAACACCUCGGUAACCAAAAACUCACUCCUUAUCCUUAUCCUUCUGGCGGUUCCCUCGCUGCGAGAAGCCAAGUUACAGGGAACCAGGCAAAGGAUCUUCUUGGUGGUGGCACCCACCCUGUGGAACGCCCUCCCACCAGAUGUCAAAGAGAAAAACAGCUACCAGACUUUUAGAAGACAUCUGAAGGUAGCCCUGUUUAGGGAAGCUGUUAAUGUUUAAUAGUGGGACGCGGGUGGCGCUGUGGGUUAAACCACAGAGCCUAGGACUUGCCGAUCAGAAGGUCGGCAGUUUGAAUCCCCGCGACGGGGUGAGCUCCCGUUGCUCAGUCCCUGCUCCUGCCAACCUAGCAGUUCAAAAGCACGUCAAAGUGCAAGUAGAUAAAGAGGUACCGCACCGGCGGGAAGGUAAACGGCGUUUCCGUGUGUUGCUCUGGUUCGCCAGAAGCGGCUUAGUCAUGCUGGCCACAUGACCCGGAAGCUGUACGCCGGCUCCAUCGGCCAAUAAAGCAAGAUGAGCGCCGCAACCCCAGAGUCGGCCACGACUGGACCUAAUGGUCAGGGGUCCCUUUACCUUUACCUAAUGUUGAAUAGGUUAUUGUAUUUUAAUAUUUUGUUGGAAGCCACCCAGAGUCAUCAUCAUCAUCAUCAUCUGCAUCUUAUGACUGACAGGCUUGGACUCAGCCACACUGGCAAAGGCCAAGAUCAAGGGAGACCAAGCCUGAGAGGGCCACGGAUUCCAGCCACCCUGAAGUAAGACGUCAAAAGCAAGGGAAAUCUGCCCCUGGGUGCUCGUUCCUGUCAAUCUGACACGGAGGAAUCUGAGCUCUACCCACUUUUCUGAUUUCUGGGUCAGCUGCCACAAGUCUGCCCUAACCACUAGGCAGUCUUGAUAUUCUUUUUCUUUGGCGAUAACUCGUAGCUGAAAACAUUGGCAGCAUUGAGAUAAAUUCAACAGUGUAAAUAAGUUUUGACAGAUGCAAUAACGGAAUACUGAAUCGUACAGUUUUUGUAAAAUAUGCAGGGAUUUGUGAUAUGCAAAAUGAACCAUAGAAAGUUUGCAGAUGAUACAAGGGUGGUUGGUUUAAUCACGGCUGGAGAGGGGGAGGCGGCCUAUAGGAAGGAAGUUGAGCAGUUGGGGGAGUGGUGCAGGAAAAACAGCUUACUCCUUAACUUAAAGAAAACAAAAGAGAUCAUUGUGGACUUUAGGAAAUGUAAAUUGAAUAUUCAGCCACCUAUUAUUGAGGGGAAGUGCGUGAAACAGGUCUUGGUGUUUCGAUUUCUGGGAAUGGAGUUGAGAGACGACCCAACCUGGGGAGAAAACAGCAAAGACCUGGUGAAGAGAGCACAGCAGAGGUUAUAUUUUCUGAGAAUCCUCUGGAAACACAAUCUCUCAAAGGACCUGUUGAUGGCAUUUUACCAUUGCACUGUGGAGAGUGUAUUAACUUAUGGUCUGUGUGUCUGGCUUGGGAGCUGCACGGCCAGGGGAAAAACAAUGCUGUCCAGGGUUGUAAAGACUGCGGAGAGAAUAACUGGGUGCACUCUUCCCACCUUGGAUCAAAUCUACGCUUCCAGGUGCCAUAAGAAAGCUGCAGAGAUAGCGUAGGAUAGUGCACACCCCGGAAAUGAUCUCUUUCAGCUUCUGCCUUCUGGAAGAAGGGACAGGGUUAUAAAGACCAGGACUAGCCGCCUGAGAAACAGUUUCUAUGCAAAUGCAAUUCUGGUUCUAAACGCAGCAUAAGGAGUCUCUAUAGUAUAUUGUAUUUUAAAAUGGGGUUUCAGAGUUUUUAGGGGUUUUUGAAUGUUUUAUGUAGUUCAAUUUCAUUGUUCUGCAUGGGACAAUGACAAUAAAGAUAUCAUAUAUGGAAAGGGAAGAAGGGAAGUCACUGAUAUUUUAAUGAGUAUUUUAAUUUGUAAAACAGAAAAUUUAAUAAUGGUGUGAUUGUGAGAUAGAGGGUGAGUUUAUAUAAACUCACCCUCUAUCUCACAAACCACACCAUUUCUCAUGACAUCUCUCCUUUGCUGUUCACUUCCAGCCUGUCUGCGGAUCCUCCUUUGGAGAUCAGUCCAUGCAGGUAAAGUUGGUUUCCAUUUUUGUUUAAUUGUUACUGAUUUUAGUAAGCAGUUGCAAGGGAUGGCCGGGGUGUCAAUUUUGUAUAUGAUUAAAUUCACAGCUCAGGUUGUUGUAAACAAAAAUUGCCCUUUUCUCUUCUGGGGUAUCCAAGAGCCCAAAUAGAGUCCUUGCAUAGGUUCCCUAUUGGUAGGAGAGAAUAACUGAGGCCAACCAGAGAAUAUUGAGAAGCAAAGCAGCUAGUAAGCCUGAUCUUUAUUGAUCUGUUGCAACAGGGUGCUCCCCUCACCCGCAGGAGAGAGGAGGAACCCAGAAAAAUGGCGCGCAAGGCCUUAUAAAGACUUUUGAAAUUGCCACCCUGUAGAUCAAGACCAACCCCAGAAACACCAUACAUACAUCACAGAAGGGGUGUAACCUAAGACCACCCCUCAGAUACAUCAUACCUACAUCACAAAAAAGGCGGUCUUAAAACAGAAAUUUGAAUGUUGUUUAUCUCCUGUCUGGCAGAUUACUUGAUUGGAUUGCCUGGGGAGCCUGGCCAGUCUUUUGUAGUGAUAAAUACUUAUUUCCUGGGCCAGGUCACAGGCUCACACCCUAUUCAAACAGAGACAUACCCUUAAGACAGGAUUUGUGAAGGAAAAGACAAUGGGGAGGCUUUUCCAUUUUCCUUUGACCUUGCAGAGAAAACAUUUGGUCAGUUUGGGACAGUUUGGGAAUCAAAAUGGUUCCAGGUCGGUCUUCCUGUGCUGAUCUAUGUAUGUGUUUGGUUGGUACACUUAUGAACAUUUAACAUUCCUAUCACAAGGUGCAUCUGACAGCAGCAAAAGGCAGAAAUCCAGAAGGUCAAAUUUACCACAGUGGGAGAUGUGGUGAUAAGCAAGGUAUCACCUGUUGGAUAUUUGUUGCUGCCAAGGGUGUAGAAUCAAGCGCUCCGGAAAGCCAGCCAAUGCCACCUUGGUAGUCAAGAAAACCCCAAAACUAAAUGGUAGUCGUUGCAAGAAUGAACAUAUGUGUUUAUAUUCAUUUGCUUCGAUCUUUCCCCAAAUAAGAUACCCUCUUUAUUCUGUGCUCCUUCGCUUCUCAGAGCAUCUUCGUCCUCUGGGUUUCAUGCGUUUGUUUCCUGACUGGCUGGCUUUCCUCUCCUUCUCCAGGGAUCCCACCUGCAGCAAUUCUUUCCUUGGAUCCCCAGCACCACGUCUACAUCAAAGGUGAAAAGGUGAUUCUCACUUGUUUGGCUCCUGAUAGUUUGAAGGUGGCAGGAUAUACGUUCUUCAAAGAACAGCAAGAUCAGACCUUCAAGGAGUUGCCCAAUAGUGGAAUGGGGCCUUAUGAGAUGUUCCGUGUCAAUGAAGAUACUGUUGGGAAUUACAGCUGUGUUUACUGGAUCAUGCCCUCAGGACAGGAAAUCUGGUCCCCACAGAGCAACCUUGUCUCUGUAGCCAUGGCAGGUGAGCAUCUUUGCAUUUUGCUGUUUGGCGUUGUCUCUUUCAUUCGCAACACAAGAGAGAGAGGAGCACUGUGUUCUGAAAGAAGGAUUUCAAUUUUUUAAUAUAUAAAUUUAUUUAUUUGGUUUUUCAGACUAAAAUUUUACACUCACAUCCAACAUAGAAACAAGAUUCCAAAGAAUCGCCUGGACUUCCCUCCUCCCUUUUUGUUAAUCCUAUUGUUAAUCAUUUCCUCCCGCAUCUUUUAUGAUAAUCCAAAUCUUUUACCUCUCCAUUGUGUCCAAAAUUCGCCAUUAAACUAUAAGCGUUAUUCUAAGCCUACUAACGAUUUUAACUGUUUACAAUGGUUUUUAAGAUAAAUUAUAAUUUCCCCCCAUUUCUUAUUAAAAUUUUGGUCUUCUUGAUUUCUGAUUCUUCCGGUCAUUUUAGCUAUUUCAGAGUAAUACAUCAACUUGAUCUGCCAUUUUUAUCUGGUAGGGACUUUAUCUUCUUUCCAUCUCUGGGCCAAUAACAUCCGUGCAGUCUUGGUCGCAUACAUAAAUAGUAUUUUCUGCUCCCUUUGGAUUUCGGCACCUAGAAUUUCUAAAAGGAAGGCUUCAAGGGGUUUUUUAAAGAAAAGGUUGUUUUAAACAUUAUUUUCAACUCACUGUAUAUCAUUUCCCAAAAUUCUUUUACUACCUUACAUUUCCACCACAUAUGAUAAAAGGUGCCCUGAAAGAAGGAUUUCAGACUGCCUGGAAGGUUUAUAAGGUGAGCGGGCAGUGAUAAGGAAAGGAUCAACGUUGAUUUACUGAAUGGAACUUCAUUCAGAGUAAACAUAGUGUGGGAACUUUCAUGUAUGAAUGUUCCUUGUUGAGUUAUUAAAUGUCAGGCGGCUCUAACUUAAGCCCAUUAAUUUCACUGAGUCUGUUCUGAGUACUGACUGGCCAGCAACCCAUUCUCAGGUCUCAAGGUACAGAUCUUUUUGGGAGAGUGGCAGUGGUGUAAUCUGGGUGAAGAGUCUUCCUUGCCAAAUUUGCAUGUGGCACAAUGGGUCAGUGCUUCUUCUUUCUUCUCCUCUCCUCGUAGCCGAGUAAGAUUGUCUUCCAUAAACACGGUUUUAACAAUGAGUCCAUAAGUGACUGUGGAGGCCAAUUCUGGAUCCACACGUCCUUCCACAGUGGGGACAUAGGUUUCUGGGCGGGAGUUGAUCACGUGUGGAUUUGCCAAGCAUGCCAUUCUCUUAGCACGUUUCUCCUUUGUGUCCUGAGUUUGAGUGUCUUCAAAGCCCAGGACACCUUUGAUAAAGGCUGUUCUCCAACUGGAGCAUUUGCAAGCCAGUGUUUCCCAGUUGUCAUUGUUUAUACUACAGUUUUUUAGAUUUGCCUUGAGACAGUCUUCAAACCUCUUUUGUUGACCACCAGCAUUACGCUUUCCAUUUUUAAGUUGGGAAUAGAGUAGUUGCUUUGGAUGGCGAUCAUCAGGCAUCCGCACAACAUGACCAGUCCAAUAAAAUUUAUGCUGAAGAAUCAUUGCUUCAACGCUGGUGAUCUUUUCUUCUUCAAGUACAUGGCCAUUAGUUCGUCUGUGUUCCCAAGUGAUGUGUACAAUUUUUCAGAGACAAGAUGGAAUCUUUUGAGGAGUAGACAAAUUGGGUCAGUGCAUCUAGCUAUUAUCCAGAAGGCUGGUGGUUCAGGCCCACCCAGGGGCAGUUGUGGACAGGAUUCCUGCAUUGUAUGGACUUGAUGACUCUUGGGAUCCCUUCCAACUCAACAAUUCUAUGAUUGGGCUGGGUGUUCAUCAGCAUGCGGAUGAUACCCAGCUCUACCUCUCUUUUAAAUCAGAACCAACGAAGGCGGUGAAGGUCCUGUGUGUGUCUGGAGGCGGUUGGAGGAUGGAUGGUGGCUAACAGAUUGAGACUGAAUCCUGACAAGACAGAAGUACUGUUUUGGGGGGACAGGAGGCGGGCAGGUGUGGAGGAUUCCCUGGUCCUGAAUGGGGUAACUGUGCCCCCGAAGGACCAGGUGCACAGCCUGGGAGUCAUUUUGGACUCACAGCUGUCCAUGGAGGCACAGGUCAAAUCUGUGUCCAGGGCAGCUGUUUACCAGCUCCAUCUGGUACGUAGGCUGAGACCCUAUCUGCCUGCGGACUGUCUCGCCAGAGUGGUCCCGCUUGGACUACUGCAAUGCGCUCUAUGUGGGGCUACCUUUGAAGGUGACCCAGAAAAUACAAAUAAUCCAGAAUGCGGCAGCUAGACUGGUGACUGGGAGCGGCCGCCGAGACCAUAUAACACUGGUCUUGAAAGACCUACAUUGGCUCCCAGUACGUUUCCAAGCACAAUUCAAAGUGUUGGUGCUGACCUUUAAAGCCCUAAACGGCCUCGGUCCAGUAUAUCUGAAGGAGCGUCUCCACCCCCAUCGUUCUACCCGGACACUGAGGUUCAGCUCCGAGGGCCUUCUGGCAGUUCCCUCACUGUGAGAAGCCAAGUUACAGGGAACCAGGCAGAGGGCCUUCUCAGUAGUGGCGCCCUCCCUGUGGAACGCCCUCCCACCAGAUGUCAAAGAGAACAACAACUACCAGACUUUUAGAAGACAUCUGAAGGCAGCCCUGUUUAGAGAAGCUUUUAAUGUUUGAUGUAUUACAGUAUUUUAAUAUUUUUUUGGAAGCCGCCCAGAGUGGCUGGGGAGGCCCAGCCAGAUGGGCGGGGUAUAAAUAGUAAAUUAUUAUUAUUAUUAUUAUUAUUAUUAUUAUUAUUAUUAAUUCAGAAAAUAAACUUCUUCAGGCACAUGCCCAGUAAUCAACAAAACAAUAUACCAGCCUUAGACCCCUGAGUUCCCAUAGAACUGUCUGACCUAAAUAUAUACAAGGUGUCACCGGAAAGUUUGGUGAACGGUCACAUAAACCAGAUAGCGAGAAAUAUUUGUACAAUCAGCAUCGGAAACCCACAAAAUGCUCACAAUUGUGUACGGAGAUGAAGCCGUAACUCGAAAGACAGUGUAUGAGUGGUUUAAGCGUUUCCUUGAAGGGCAGCAAAUGUUGACAGAAUCCAUGAGUUAUUGAUGUGGGAUCGGCGUUUGUGCAUCCAAAUCAUAGAAUAGAAUCAUAGAAUAGAAUCAUAGAAUCAUAGAGUUGGAAGAGACCACAAGGGCCAUCGAGUCCAACCCCCUGCCAAGCAGGAAACACCAUCAGAACACUCCUGACAUAUGGUUGUCAAGCCUCUGCUUAAAGACCUCCAAAGAAGGAGACUCCACCACACUCCUUGGCAGCAAAUUCCACUGUCGAACAGCUCUUACUGUCAGGAAGUUCUUCCUAAUGUUUAGGUGGAAUCUUCUUUGAUGGUGGAAGAAUUGUAUAUUCUGCAUGAAAUCGUUACUGAGGUUACUGAGUUGUUCCACCCUCCAUAUUCUCCCGAUCUGGCCCCACCAGAUUUCUUAAUUUUUCCAAAACUGAAAUCUGCACUGAAAGGGCACAGAUUUUCCAACAAUUCACACAUCCAAGCUGCUGUGACGAGGGAACUGAAAGCAGUAUGAAAAGAGGACUUCUCCAGAAGUUUCCAACAGCUCUACGAAUGUUGUCAACAGUGCGUUGUAUCAGAGGGGGCCUACUUUGAAGGCCUGUAAGGCACAUACAGGUAAAACUCGGAAAAUUAGAAUAUUGUGGAAAAGUUCAUUUAUUUCAGUAAUUCAACAUAAAAGGUGAAACUAAUAUAGGAGAUAGACUCAUGACUUGGAAAGAAUGGUGAGGCACACAAUGCCAGAUGCUUGAAGUACAAUGUGAAGUUUCCACAGUCUGUGUUGAUUUGGGGAGCCUUGUCAUCAGCUGGUGUUGGUCCACUGUGCUUCAUUAAGUCCAGGGUCAACGCAGCCAUCUACCAGGAGAUUUUGGAGCACUUCAUGCUUCCUUCCGCAAACGAGCUUUAUGGGGAUGCUGAUUUAAUUUUCCAGCAGGACUUUGUCACCUGCCCACACUGCCAAAAGUACCAAAACCUGGUUCCAGUGCCCAUGGGAUUACUGUGCUUGAUUGGCCAGUUAUAACAAAUAAAGGCUUGACAUAUCUCACUUUGCAUGUCAUGAGUCUAUCUCAUAUAUUAGUUUCACCUUUUAAGUUGAAUUACUGAAAUAAAUGAACUUUUCCACAAUAUUCUAAUUUUCCGAUGUUCAAAUAUUUCUCGCUGUCCGAUUUCUGUGACCAUUCACCGAAUUUUUCGGUCACACCUUGUAGGUUCCUUUACAGGCCAAGUGGACCACAGGCUCUUAACUACUAAGCCAUGUCUAGGUCACCUGCUCAUAACUUCUCCUUUGCGGAUGAUUCCUGCAGAUCCCCCUCCUUUUCCGGUGCUGAAAGUGGAUCCACCGUCUGGAGUGGUGAACGAAGGGAGCUCCCUGCGCCUCACUUGCUUGGCCAAUGGUACCAUGACUGAGAAGAGAUUCCAUUUCUUCAAGGAUGGUGCUGAGAUGGACACCAGUCAUGAAGGAUCCAGAGAACCUGCGAAUACCUCACCAAACGCCUCUGUGAGCAUCUUACAAGCCAAGGUCAACCACAGUGGAGAAUUUGCUUGCAGUUAUGAGGAAGCGAUUGGUGGCCGAUGGGUUAUGUCUCCAUGGAGCAAGACAGGGAAAGUCGUGGUGAAUGUCCCAGGUGAGUCAUUUUGGGGAAGUGAGAGCCAUCUUUAGCAGUAGCAUAAUCCACUUUAAUGUGUUGUGUGAACUGGUCUUCCUCAAGGGACACGAUGAAUGCCGUCUUCUUUAUUUCAUAUGCUGCGUCUCAGCCUUCAUGCUUGGGGGGGAAAUGGAGGGGGAGGGAUGGAGAUGGAGAGGUCUGCUCACAUUUUAUCUUAUGUUUAGAGAAGUUUUUAAUAUUUAAUGCUGUACAGUGGUACAGCACGCGGGUGGCGCUGUGGGUAAAACCUCAGCGCCUAGGACUUGCCGAUCGCAUGGUCGGCAGUUCGAAUCCCCGCGGCGGGGUGAGCUCCCGUUGUUCGGUCCCAGCUCCUGCCCACCUAGCAGUUCGAAAGCACCCCCUGGUGCAAGUAGAUAAAUAGGUACCGCUUUAUAGCGGGAAGGUAAACGGCGUUUCCGUGUGCUGCGCUGGUGCUGGCUCGCCAGAGCAGCUUCGUCACGCUGGGCACGUGACCCGGAAGUGUCUCCGGACAGCGCUGGCCCCCGGCCUCUUAAGCGAGAUGGGCGCGCAACCCCAGAGUCACACACGACUGGCCCGUACGGGCAGGGGUACCUUUACCUUUACUUUUAGUGGUACCUCAGGUUACAUACGCUUCAGGUUACAGACGCUUCAGGUUACAGACUCCGCUAAUCCAGAAAAAUUACCUCGGGUUAAGAACUUUGCUUCAGGAUGAGAAUAGAAAUUGUGCUCUGGCAGCCCGGCGGCAGUGGGAGGCCCCAUUAGCUAAAGUGGUGCUUCAGGUUAAGAACAGUUUCAGGUUAAGAACGGACCUCUGGAACGAAUUAAGUACUUAACCCGAGGUACCACUGUAUUGUUUUUAACAAUUGAUUGGGAGCCACCCAGAGUGGCUGGGGAAACCCAGCCAGAUGGGUGGGGUAUAAAUAUUAAAUUAUUAUUAUUAUUAUUAUUAUUAUUAUUAUUAUUAUUAUUAAUGUUCUGCUCAUGUUGUGAACGGGUUUCCGGAACGGAUCCCGGUCGCAACCAGAGGUACCACUGUGCCGUCAUUAAAGAGAUAAAAAUCAACAUUCAGAAUUCUUGGGACCUUUUUCAAAUGACGUCACGCCUUCAGGACGAAAGACCCAAGCGAAACACAACGAACAAAUAACGGAUUCCUCUUUAUUCCUUUCAGGUCAAGGGCCACAUUCGUCGGCACCACCAUCACCCACACCAAAUCCAUCCCUGUCACUGGGAUAUUUGCGCUUGGCUCCUACGCUCCUGAUCCUGAUGGUCCCUCUCGCUUUCUGUUGAAGGAGAAAGAGGAGCGAUAGAUAACGUUGGGGCUUUCAGGUGUCCCCUUCCGUUCUGUGCAUGACCUGGAAGGCGGUUUCCGACAUGCAGCGGGGACAGUUUCCAGGAUGGGCCCAAAGUCUAUGUCAGCCCUGUCUAUCAUUGGGGGGGGGGUGUUCCAGAAGAAGGUCUUCUCCAUUCUGGUGGCUGCCAUGGGGGGUCAGGGCAUGGGGUCACCUGCCCUCAGAAAACGAUUGCUUGGUUUUCAUGGAGCAUUGCUUUGCAUUUACAAUAUGACCUGUUUGGGUGUUUUCUUUGUCAUUAAAGGACUCUUUCAAAUAAAUAAGUAAAGCAAAACUUCUUUUGUUUCAGUCUUAAACAAAUGAAACUGUGUAGGUUUCUGGACAGGGUAGGGCCCUACCAGUGCCGGAUUUAUGUACAAGCUAUAGCUUAGGGCCCCACUCUCUUGGGGGCCCCCCAAAAAAUUAAAGGAAAAAACCUGG